CGUGCAGAUUUAACAAGAGAAACAACACCGCUGUGUGAAAGGAACCGGACCGGACAACUUUCUGUAACGCCAUACAGCGCGAGUUCAUUAAUUUGCGUGGAUGUAAUCUGUGUGUCAGCGAAGGUUUCAGUACUGCUUCAAAGUCUCAAUUUUAAAUCCGGGGAUGGAAAAAUAGGAAUCGUCCUAUAGCUUAAAUGUGAUUAUUAAAGUUUAUAUGGCUGUGAUUAAUUAAUUAAACGCGAGCAACGCCUGUUUUAAAAUAAAAACGCAGUUAGCAAUCACCAAACAGUCCACAUUUAUGCCAACAUGUCGUGUUGAUUCGUUCUACUGAUGAUGAAAAAUGAAUAUGUUGUGUGAUUUGUGGUGUUUAAAUCAUACCUGUAAACUCAGGGGAAGUUUUGAUGGCAUUUUCUUUUUAUAUUACCUGCGUAUAAAGCCUGUAAUAGUAGUGUUUGUACAGUGUUGUGAAUGUUAACUGGCAUAUUAACAAGAAAAAAGCUUUAAAAAAAAAGAAGAAAAAAAAGGUUUUCUGGGGUAGGGGGGCCUGCCGUAAUGCUGUAGCCCAGGGGCCCCUGCUCUGUUUGUCUGAAGGCGCCCCUGUCGGCGCGUGACGUCAGCGCUGAUCCCGGGGCUGGUCGGGACUCGCGCGCUGAGCUCGUGUUUCAGUGCGGGAGCGGACCUCCUCCGGUAAUACAGCAGCAGCAUGGGCAACGCGCCCGGUUCGACUGUGGCGGAGCUGAGCGCGUGUGAAUCUCAUCAGUGGUACCGCAAGUUCAUGACCGAGUGUCCGUCCGGUCAGCUCACCUUCUACGAGUUCAAGAAGUUCUUCGGCCUGAAGAAUCUCUCAGAAACAUCCAACGAGUACGUUAAGACCAUGUUCAAGACCUUCGACAUGAACGAUGACGGCUGCAUUGAUUUCAUGGAGUACGUAGCCGCUCUGAGUUUGGUUCUGAAGGGUGGAGUUCAACAGAAACUGCGCUGGUACUUCAAGCUCUACGACGUGGACGGCAGCGGCUGCAUCGACCGCGAGGAGCUGCUGCUCAUCUUCAAGGCCAUUCAAGCCAUUAGUGGAGCAGAGCAGGAGAUCUCAGCAGAAGAGUUUACUGACAUGGUGUUUGACAAGAUCGACCUCAAUGGAGACGGUGAACUCUCUCAGGAGGAGUUUAUGGAGGGCAUUCAGGCCGACGAGGUUCUGUUGAAGAUGUUGACUCAGACUUUGGAUCUGACUCAUAUCAUCAAAAAAAUCUACAGCGAGAUCAACUCUGAGCAGCAGCUGCACUGAUCCCAGACCAGCCGAUGGUGAUGAAGAUGAAGAUGGCUGGUCUUUUCUCUGCUCGUUUCUCCUGCUGUAUUUCUCAUCUUAAAAGCUGAACUUUACCACCGAGCGAGAACGUUUAAACCCUCAACACAUCAGAAAUAUCCAGGAUUUGUGGUGUUUUACUCUGUUAAUCUCAGUUGGACUGGAACUCGUAAUGUAAUCUCACAGAAUAACAUUAGCGACUGUUUAUUCAAGUGCACUUGAAACUAAAACCUUGAAACACAACAUUCUUCAGUCCUGUGGUGUGUGUGUGUGUGUGUGUGUGUGUGUGUAUAUAUAAGGGACAUAAUUUAUUUAUGUAAAAAAUGCAGUAUUAUAUUCUCUAGAGGACGGUUAUAAUGCUAUUGUAAUUUUACACUUGGAUUCUCUUUUGAAAAUAAAACAUUUGUUUGCAGAGUAAUA